AUGGGCUACGACAUGACUUCCCUAGUCCCAUCCGAUCAGGCCUUCUACGGCAUCAUCACUGGAGGCGGGUCAACUCCGGUAGGCUGGGCCACUCUACCGGUCGCCUUCAGCACCAGCAACAACUACCGCACCGAGUAUGUCAACUUCGAGGUCGCCGAGUUCGAGACCUCCUACAACGCCAUCCUGGGAAGACCCUCCCUCGCCAAGUUCAUGGCGAUCCCCAACCACACGAACUUGGUUCUUGUUGCCCAGGCAGCAAAGAACCUUCUGGCGGACCAGCAGCCGAUCCCCGCCAAAGAGUCGACUUCCGAGUUGCAGCUCGCGCCAGCCGUGGCGACCAAGACCAUCAUCCUCCAGGACGAUGAGCCGCACAAGACCGCUGUGAUCGGGACCAGCCUCGACCCGGCGUAG